AAGUGGCCAGUGCUCACACUACAAGCCUGAAUGGUGAGGAGGAGGAGGGAGCAAUUGGUGGGGAGGUGAUUCCCUACAAGAAGCUGGUGCAGAGUCUGGAGAAGGCCGUCAAUAGAUUCCAGGAUGGAUCAUGCAGCAACUGUGCCUCUCUCUCUUGGUGAGUGACUCCAUCGAGCCACCACCCAAGGAAGCCCCUCCAAAGGCCACAGAGGAGGAAGGCAGUGUUGUCAUUCUGGAUGCCAAGCUGUUCUACAAGCAGCAGGAGAAGGAGGUGGCAGAGAAGAUCAAGGAGAGCCUGGCAGUGACUGAGUAUGCCAAGCCAUCCAGUGCAUUGGUGCUGAGUGGUGUGUCCAGCAGUGUGGUGCAGUACACAGUGUUUGAAAUGCAGCUGUCCUUUACUGUGCUGGAUACAGAGGGUGCACCCACCAGUGACCUGGGCCACAAGAGUGAUCCCUCGCAGGUCACGGCAAGUCUCUUGGGAGGUCCGCCAGGUGCCAUCGUCAUGGGCACCACAACAGUUCCCAACAGGAAUGGCACUGCCAUCUUCACCAACCUGUCUGUCAGCAAGCCCGGAGAAGGCUACAACCUCACUUUCACCAUUACCUACCCCAGCUAUGAUCCAGCCCUCACCACCACCCUGGAGGGGACAUUCAGCUUGACACAGAUGAGUGCAGCAAUGGUCUUGCAGCAGCCCAGCAUAGUGCAGGCCGGACAACCCACCACCAUCACUGUUCACUUUGUUGACAAGGACUCUGGCUUGGUGCUUAAUGGCCUGGCUUUCAAGACAUUUGUGGGCAAACUGCUGGCAAAGACUGCUGAGGGACACUUUGAGGUUAUCCAGAGGUAUGCCAAGCUGUAUGUACCAGAUGAGGCCGUGUCAAUGCUCACCUUUGAGAACGUCAUAUUUGAGGCGCCAGACGUGAGACAGCAACUCAUAGCCAAGGUUGCUGUCGUCUCCGCUAGCUGGACUGGUGGUGUAUCCCUCACAUCUGGUCAUCAAGGAGUACCCCAUGGUCAAGUCCUUGCACACCGAUCCGUUCUGAUGGAAGCAGUUGGAGGGUGUGGAGGAUGUGUUGGAGGAUGGAGUGCUGAGUCUGUUGCUGCAGUCAGUAGACAUGCUGGCUGCUGGCUGACGGAGUGUACUGUGGUCCCGUUGAUUUCACUCUCAGCAAUGACUCCAAGAAGACCAUAGCAGAGUACCAGGUGUGUAUUGUGAAGAGGUGAAUUGAAUGGCUGUAUUUUUCAUUCUUUCUUCUGUGGUAAAAGAAUGUCAAAAGCAAGCUCGUUCUUCGCUUUCUUGUCUUCCUGUAGUCAUUUUUAUUGCUUUUAUAUUCUUUCCACUAAUUCUUCUCUCUUCCUCUACUUCCUACAGUCACUUUCAUUUAAGUUUUCUCUUCAUUUCACUAAUUCUUUUCACUCUCUAUUUCUUAUAGCCACUUCCAUUACUCUUUCUUAUUCUCCUCUCUCCCUCCAUGUCUCACAGCCAUUUUCAUCGUCCUUUUCUAGUUCACUAAUUCUUCUCACUUCCUCUGCUUCAAGAUAACUGGACCACAGGAGCAUGUUGUCACAGCUCUAGGGAAACUGUGCACAUCCCUCAGCAGUAACAUAGCUAUCCCAGUAGUGACAGGAUAUUUGGACACUCACUACAAUGCAAGGAAAGUUUACGUCAAGGACCAGAUCUUGUGCUGCUCUUGGAGAAACAUUGUGCAUCUCUUGAACGAGAGUGAGACUGGGGACCCUCUUCUAGAUAAUCGGAAUGGUUCUGAAGUUAGCCUUGUGUCUUCUGUCCCUAAGGAUCCUCCAGUCCUUGCAUCUCCCCUUUGGCACCAUAUCUUGUGCUGCUCUCAGAAAAACGUGCUUCUCUGGAAUGAAACUGAGAGUGAAGAUAGUGUUUCAGGUGCUGGGAAUAGUACUGAACUUAGUCUCAUUUCUGGUGUCCCUGUGCAUCUCUCAGUCCUUAUAUUAAUGUGAUGUCUUGCUAACUCUCAUGCUGUCUCACUCAGUUUGGUACAAUUGUUUACUGCAAGUUUUGAGUUUAGUUUUCAAUGUAAGGUCACUGAUAGUAAAAGGAGUGGUUGAAUGCUUCUCUUUCUCAUCUUGUCUUCCUUUUCCUUGUCUUCUUCCUCAUUUACUUGCAUUUCUCUCAUUCUCUACCUCCUGGUCUUUUCCUUCAUCCCUCUCUCUCUCUCUCUCUCUCCUGAAUGGAGCAGUUUUCGUGGUGAGACACACAGGGAACCUUAACUCUCAUGCCUUGGGUCUUAUGGGAACUGUUUUCAAAGAGGAAGAGUCUGGUUUGUGGUAAGACACACUGGGAACCUUAACUUUUAUCCCCAUAUUGUGAAAUGACUGAGGUGUUAUGGGAACUGUUUUCAAAGAGUCUGGUUUGUGGUAAGAAGUGCAGGGAACCUUAACUUUUAUCCCCAUAUUGUGAAAUGCCUGAGGUGUUAUGGGAACUGUUUUCAAAGAGUCUGGUUUGUGGUAAGACACACUGGGAGCCUUAACUUUUAUCCCCAUAUUGUGAAAUGCCUGAGGUGUUAUGGGAAUUGUUUUCAAAGAGGACUCUGGUUUGUGGUAAGAAGUGCGGGGAACCUUAACUUUUAUUCCAUAUUGUGGAAUACUUGAGGUGUUAUGGGAGCUGUUUUAAAAGAGGAGUCUGGUUUUUAUGAUUGCUUGGUUGAUGAUGCAGAAUACUAUUAACUAUUUCCUCAAUCAUGAAAAAAAUGUCCUUGGAAAAUCCCAUCAACUUUCAUAAGGACUGUUUUCAUGAUAAUGAGUCAUGUUCUCAUAGGUGUUUCUUUUUUCUGGUGAUGCAGAAUACUUGUUAAACCAGAAACAUGAAGUACCCUUGAAAAUUCCAGAUCUAUUUACCCAAGAACAACUUGUCAACAAUUCCUGUAGAUGUCGUCAUCAGUGAGGUCAGUGUUAGAUACCAACUUGCUGCUCAGGUGUCUGUUGUACCUGCUGGCUGGCAUCUCCACUUUGUCUCUCCUGGUAACC